AUGGAAAAAGGAAAGCUUUAUAUAAUUAAGACUUUUGAAUUCACUAGAAAAGGAAUUUUUAAUGAAGAAUGCUCUCACUUAAUCAAAGAUUUCUAUUUUUAAUACAUAUUGUCAAGAACUCAAAAACUAAGGGAUUUAUGA